CUCUCCCGUCACCUGCCCCUCUCUCUGUCUCUCUCUCUCCUCUCUCUCUCUAUCUCUCUCUCUCUCUCUGCUGCUAUCUAUACCUUCUGUUCUUCUCCCUCCCCGAUCGAACUUGAGCUUUUAGCUGCACCUUCCCUUCCAUCCCAUCCCUCCAUCUCUCUCCGUCUCUCUCCCAGCCUCUCCGUCAGUUCAACCAUAAAGGAUGUUUGAUUUCUAGCUUGAAUAUUUGGUUGGUGAUGCUGAUGGCUAUGGCUCCCUCCUCCUCCUCCUCCUCCUCCUUGGCGCUUCUAUUUACCCGCACUCCCUCCUCCUAAUUAAAACUUUUGCCUCUUCCUCUUCCCCUUCCGAUGUUCCCGGUGGUCGUAACUUCCAUAUAGCCUCGUAAGCGGAAGAGCAAGAGGAGAGAGAGAGAGAGAGAGAGAGAGAGAGAGCGUGCGCGCGCGAGCGCGUGCGCGUACUUGUGUUGGAUUGUAGAUAGAGGUUCGGUUUGAAAAAUCCAAUAAGUCCAUAAGUCAGGCUCGCUCUCCAUCCAUCUCUCUCUGGCCCCCUCAUCCUCCCGGGGUGGUGAAGGCCGUCGAGAAAUGGCUGUGCCGCCCAGUAGCCGCCUUCAAAGCAUGCUGCAGGCAGCGGUCCAAUCAGUUAAAUGGACCUAUAGUCUCUUCUGGCAUAUCUGUCCUCAGCAAGGGAUCUUAAUAUGGGGAGAUGGGUACUACAACGGGCCAAUCAAAACACGGAAGACAGUGCAGCCCAUGGAAGUUAGUGCCGAGGAGGCCUCGCUGCAGAGAAGCCAGCACCUCCGGGAGCUCUACGAGUCCCUCUCGGCCGGCGAGACAAACCAGCCUGCGAGGCGGCCUUGCGCCUCGCUCUCGCCCGAGGACCUGACCGAGACAGAAUGGUUCUACUUAAUGUGCGUCUCUUUCUCAUUUCCUCCCGGGGUAGGGUUACCGGGGAAAGCAUACGCGAGGAGGCAGCAUGUAUGGCUCACCGGAGCAAACGAAGUUGAUAGCAAGACAUUUUCAAGAGCUAUCUUAGCCAAGAGCGCUCGUAUCCAGACAGUUGUGUGCAUUCCUCUGCUAGACGGCGUCGUGGAGCUGGGGACAACAGAAAGGAUACAAGAGGACAUUGGAUUUACAACCCAUGUAAAGAGCUUCUUCAUCGACCACCAACCCCCUCUUCCACCAAAGCCGGCCCUCUCGGAGCACUCCACCUCCAAUCCCGCAACGUCCUCCGACCACCCUCGUUUCAACUCGCCGCCAGUCCCCUCUAUUGUGUACGCUGCAGCUGCUGUGGAUCCCCCAGUGGCUGCUCACCAAGCAGCAGAUGAUGAGGAGGAGGACGAGGAAGAGGAAGACGAGGCUGAGUCUGACUCCGAGGCUGAGACUGGCCAAGCCGCCAGCCGACAGGCAGUAGGUCAGAACCCGCAAGCCGGCGUGGUUGGGGCAGCCGAACAGAGCGAGCUCAUGCAGCUCGAGAUGUCAGAGGACAUUCGGCUCGGCUCACCCGAUGAUGCGUCGAACAAUCUGGAUUCAGAUUUUCACAUGCUGACAGUGAACCAAGCAGGCAACAUUAACCAGGCAGACCACCAGCGACGAAUCGAUUCAUUCAGGGCCGAGUCGAGCCGGAGGUGGCAGAUGAUGCAAGAUCCCCUGAGAAGCAGCCUUCAAGGUCCACCAUCAGGCCCUCCGCAGUUGGAUGAACUGUCACAAGAGGAUACGCACUACUCUCAGACCAUCUCGACCAUCCUCCAGAGCCAGCCAAACAGAUGGGCAGAGAUAUCAUCGACUAGCUAUGUCUCGUACUCGGCUCAGUCGGCAUUCUCUAAGUGGUCGACCCGGGCCGACCACCUACUCCAUGUCCCAGCAGAGGGCACGUCCCAGUGGCUCCUCAAGUACAUUCUGUUCAGCGUGCCAUUCCUGCAUAACAAGUACAGGGAUGAGCACUCACCCAAAUCCCGGGAUGGCGAAUCCUCAACCCGGUUCCGCAAGGGCACUCAGCAGGAUGAGCCGAGCGCUAACCAUGUGCUGGCAGAGAGACGGCGCCGGGAGAAGCUGAACGAGAGAUUCAUUAUAUUGAGGUCCCUGGUCCCGUUUGUCACCAAAAUGGACAAGGCCUCAAUAUUGGGCGACACGAUCGAGUACGUUAAGCAGUUGCGCAAGAAGAUUCAGGACCUUGAAGCAAAGAAUAGACAGAUGGAGGCAGACCAGAGGUCAAGGCAGAUCGGAGAACCCCAGAGGUCCGGCAGCGUUGACAGGGCUGCCCGCAUGGCCCCGUUGGCGACGGAAAAGAGGAAAAUGAGAAUCGUAGAGGGUAAUGGCGGGGCAAAGCCGAAAGCUGUGGAGUCCCAAGCACCGCCACUGCCGCUGCCGCCGCCAGCACCGGCACCGAUGGAAACCAGCGUGCAGGUCUCGAUCAUAGAGAGCGAUGGGUUAAUCGAACUACAAUGCCCACACAAAGAGGGUUUGCUGCUCGAUGUCAUGCAGAUGCUCCGAGAACUCAGGAUCGAAAUAACUGCAGUCCAAUCGUCUCUCACUAACGGGUUCUUCGUGGCAGAAUUGAGAGCCAAGGUGAAGGAGAAUUUAAAUGGGAAGAAAGCAAGCAUCGUUGAGGUGAAAAGGGCAAUCCAACAGCUUAUACCCCACACUGACUCUUAGCAAUUGAAUAUGCAGAUAAGAUAUAGAUAAGCAACAACCAAAAGCACUGACUCAUUGAUGGUUCUGCAAUUGAGGAGCUAGCUUUGUACAAGUACUACGUGCGUACCUUUGAAGUGUCGUCGUGAUCAGUAUUAGUUUCGGCACGUCGACCAGUAAGUGUAAUCUAACGUAGUAAUGUAAUGUCGCACCAAGUUUCUAUAAAAGAAGUGCGAGCAAGAGUUGCGUAGUGCUAUAACUUCUUGUAUACCAGACCCAUCACGGCCAUAUUUACUUUCCACCGUUGUUCAAUGAGAUAAAACAAGUUUUGAAGCA